AAGAGGGUACAGAAUCUUCUGACUAGUCAAAGGAGAGACAUUCAAACCAUGGAUUCUUCUAAUACACAGAGGAAAAAAGUAGCUAUAAUUGGGGGAGGAUUGGUGGGUUCUCUAAAUGCUUCUUUCUUUGCAAGAAGAGGAUUCCAAGUAGAAAUGUAUGAAGCAAGAUCAGAUAUCCGUAGUUCAAGUGUAACUCGUGGCAGGAGCAUUAAUUUGGCCUUAUCUCACAGGGGACGGGAAGCUCUCAAGGCAGUUGGAAUGGAAGAUCAGAUUGUUUCUAAAGGCAUCCCCAUGAAAGGAAGGAGAAUUCACACUCGCUCAGGGAAAAGAUAUACAAUUUUUUAUGGAAUAAAGAACCAGUAUAUUCUUUCUAUAGAUAGAGCAAAUUUGAAUAAGGGGUUAUUAACUGCUGCUGAGAAGUAUCCCAAUGUUAAGUUAUACUUUGAGCACAAACUGCUUCACUGCAAUGUAGACUCGGGGCUACUGACCUUUUCAGGAUCAGACCAAAUGACUAAAGAGGUCACCUGUGACUUAAUUGUGGGCUGUGAUGGAGCCUUUUCCACAGUUAGGAAGCAGUUUAUGAGACAAACACGGUUUGAUUACAGCCAAGUAUAUAUUCCACAUGGAUACCUGGAACUGAAAAUUCCUCCAAAAAAUGGAGAUUUUGCAAUGGAGCCAAACUAUCUUCACAUUUGGCCUAGGAACACAUUCAUGAUGAUUGCACUGCCAAACCUGGAUAAAUCAUUCACCUGUACACUCUUCAUGCCCUUUGAUGAUUUUGAAAAGCUUGCCACAGGAGAGCAAGUGCUGAAUUUCUUCAAAACUUAUUUUCCAGACUCAGUUCCUCUAAUAGGAGAGCACGAACUGAUGCAAGAUUACUUUGUGCUACCAGCUCAGGCAAUGGUCUCUGUGAAAUGCUCAUCGUAUCACAUUGGCUCUCAAUGCGUGCUAAUGGGAGAUGCUGCACAUGCUGUUGUACCCUUUUAUGGCCAAGGCAUGAAUGCUGGAUUUGAAGACUGUCUAGUCUUUGAUGAGCUGAUGGACCAGUUUCAAAAUGACCUCUGCAUUUGCCUUUCAAUGUUCUCAAAGCUGAGGGUACCUGACGAUCAUGCAAUUUCGGAUUUAGCCAUGUAUAAUUAUAUAGAGAUGCGGGAACGUGUGAAUUCAAGGUGGUUCAUUUUCCGAAAGCAUAUAGACAAUUGGCUUCAUGCCCUCCUGCCCUCUAUCAUCAUUCCUCUGUAUACUAUGGUAACAUUCUCCAGAAUCCGAUACCAUGAAGCUGUGCAGAGAUGGAAAUGGCAGAAUAAGGUGAUCAAUAAAGGCCUCUUCCUCACCAUGGUAGCAGCAGCAGUGAUUGGCAUCUAUCUGUUCAGAAAUGGAAAGUUACCCAAAAUUGACUUUCGUAUAAAGGAUUUCUGGAGACAUACUUAAAAAUGGUGGGAAACUUUCAGAAAUCAUUUGAGAUAGAAAUGAAUGCUUUCUGAAUAAUUAGUCUCUAUUUUAGAAGUUGGUCUUCCAAAUAUAAAAACACAUAUGAUAUAGAUGAAUGCUGGAUCCAAGACCUAAAUUCCUGUUCAUAUAAAGAAAUUCACUAUUAUUUUGUUAUCAGUGAACAUGUCAAGCCGCUUCUAGAUUUGGACAUGCCUUGCAUUUCAUCGUUGCUUUGCUGUCUUGUGUUUCAUUUGCAAGGAAUCUGCAAUAUCCCAGCUAUAUCAUCAACACAUUUUGACAGAAGACGCUAGGGCGUUUCUAAGACUGUUCUACCAUCUCAUCUUCGGUUCUCUCCCAUAAGAUAAUCAUUAUGGCAAUGCUUGGUGUUAUCUAAUUCAAUUGUUUCUGCAUCUUUUAAAAAAUAUUUUCAUGUAAUCCUGUUAUGGAUAUGUUCUCAAGUUCUAGUAUGGUGGAAAAAAAAAUAAAGUUGUUGGUUAGGA